CUUCACGUUGUUUUUAAAAACUGAAGUAAACUUCAUAUAUCGAUUUUUGGUAAUAAAAAUUAUCAUUUGACGUUUUACAUUAUUUUGUACUUUUAUAAUUAUUUAGGAGAUACUACGAGGUAUGAAACACUCGAGACAAAUUUUCAAGUGUACCGUUCGUUUAAAAAUUUAUUACAUCAAAAAUAUCACAUGCGGGUCCUAAUAAACCCGAGCUUAUAACGCAAAUGUAAAGUAAAGUUUUAUUAUAAAAAUGUUGGAUUUAUCGUUAGCAGAAUGUAUGGUUGCGUGCAGCAGCGUUUUACUUAUGGUGCUAUUAGUAACUGAAAUUUUGGACUGGACGCAAUUAUUUGAGUGGAUGGAAAAUGAUUACCGUCCACUCGAUUUUUCGUUCGGUUAUGCUUAUCAGAAUGGUCCUCAUACUUGGAAAGAUUUAUAUCCUGAAAGCACUGGCAGUAAUCAAUCGCCUAUUAAUAUCAUCACUAGGCUCGCCGUAGUAGUGCAACCAUCUGAACCACUUCAAUGGAGCAAUUACAAUAGUGGACCUCUGUCGAUGACUAUUGCAAAUGAUGGUCAUACUGUGAUACUCCGAGGAUUUUGGACCAGCACGACAUGGCCACAACUUCAAGGAGGGCCUUUGACCGAUACGUACGAUUUUUUCAACAUCCUUUUUCACUGGGGCCCUUCGAAUGACGAGGGUAGUGAACACACUUUGGACUAUAUCCGUUUCCCUAUGGAACUACAGAUCAUUCAUAUAAAACAUGGGAUUAAAUCACUAACAGACGCGAUCGCACUUGGAGCAAAAGACGGAAUAGUGAUUGCUUCGUUCUUCCUUCAAAUAAAUGACGCGGAUAAUCCUUAUUUGGAUCACGUCGUGAGCAACUUGUGGCGCAUUAACUGCCCGGGAUCUAAAGCCUACAUACCUCCUUUUCCUUUGGAAUGGAUAUUUGCUCCUUUUGACAGAGAUUAUUAUACGUACAGCGGUUCUCUUAGUCAGCCACCUUGCAAUGAAAUUGUCACGUGGAUCGUGCAGCAAGAACCAAUCGCUAUAUCAUCAUCUCAAAUGGAAAAAUUUCGGAAAAUCUGUUCAGUGGAAGGUCCAUUACUUUUGAAUUGUCGACCAGUGCAGCCUCUGAAUGAUCGUGAUGUUUAUUUUUACGAGGAAAGCUUAUCGCGUAAUUAAUACACAUGUGUAAUCAUUUUAUCAAAAUUUAAAAUGAUCGAAUACGUAUGAAAAAACUUAACUUGUCUUCUUAUUUAUAUAUUUGUUUCAGUAUUUAUAUGAAAUUAAUAUGUGCUAAAUUGAUUCAAUAGUGUUUUAUCUAAUCAAAUAUGAUUUGUAAAAUUCAUGUUACGAAUACUUGUAACAUCUACUUAAAAAUGGUUACUAUAAAUGACAUGUUCGGUAAAUGAAUUUAAUAAAUUUGUAAUGGGUAUAAUUUAAAAAAUUUAAAUAAUGUAAAUUUAUAAAAAAAAAUAUAAAAUAAGGAACGAUUUUUUA